AAUUCUGACCACCACUCACCAGAAAACCUAUCACUGGCUUUCAGAAACAAGGCCUCGUAAUUACGCCUUAGAAAUCUGGAACUUUCAAACACCCUUCCCUGUUAGAUCAGUGGCUGGUUGUACUUGUUCUCGCUUACGGACGCAGCCAUGUAAAGCGUGAGGAAUAAAUCAGAAGCACAUCUCCAUCGAAGUGGUGGAGUUUCUUCCCAGUUAUCCCUAAUGUGUUGACGUUGCGUGCUGCGAUGCUGUUGUGGAGGAUGGCACAGAGACCCAGCCAUGCAGGGACAUAUACCCAGACUUGCCCCGAUCUUCAUUCUGCUGGCAUUGUCAGGAUUUGUCCUGCUCAUCCGCAACAUUACCUCGCUGGAGAAGUGGAACUGUCAGACAGUGUCCACGUUCUACCAGAUCCAGAACGGUAUUUACUCAGCUUUUAAGACCCUCGAGACCUCGCUGCCGACAGAGUUCAACCACACGUACUGCGCACGCCUUGGCCAGGCUCCCACCGUGGAGGAGGCCAGAGAGGAGCGCUACCUCCUCAGCUCCAUCGCCUGGCCGGGACCUCCCGUGCAGGGCCUGCCGCUUCGCCUCAGCACUGACCCUGCCCAAAGCUACUUCGUGAUCCGGGGCCCUGCGGAGCUGCACGUGGGUGGACAGCUGGUGGUGGAUGUUCACAUGCUUAACUUCAUGGGCCAGCCCAAGAGGCACGGUGGAGACUUCCUGGUGGCACGGCUGCACUCGCCCGAGCUGGGCGCAGGAGUGGCAGGUCGGGUGCACGACCACCUGGAUGGCAAUUACACGGUGCUGUUCCCGCUGCUUUGGGCUGGCCUGGUGCGGGUAGAGGUCACCAUGGUGCACCCCAGCGAGGCCGUGGUGGUGCUCAAGCGUCUGCGAGAGGAGCAGCCCGACCGGGUGUACUUCAAGAGCCUGUUCCGCUCGGGCUUCCUCGCCGAGACCACUGUGUGCAACUUGUGCCUGCCCUUUGGACAGCAGCCGCUCUGCAACUACACGGACCCCCAAACGGGUGAGCCCUGGUACUGCUAUAAGCCCAAAAUGUUGGGCUGUGACACACGAAUCAAUCAUUCAAAAGGGGGAUAUAAGAAAAACCUCCUCACGAAAUACGAAGAGCAAUUCUUCCAAAGUGGUGUAAAUAUCAAAGUUCCUAUACAUGCAUCAGGGAUGGACAGUGUAACUGUAUUACCUACAGAACAAGAAAACAAGAAAUGCCUUAAGAUCAACAGUCCUUCAGUGCAACCCAGAGUGAGAAGCAGCACCUUCACCCCUGCCGGAUACUAUUACCACGAUACCUGGAGGCAUUUUACCGGGAUACGUAUGCGUCAGUUUAAUGACUCAUGGGCCAUAACACAGUGUCUUAAGGGGAAGAUUGUAUACAUGUUUGGAGACUCCACUGUGCGCCAAUGGUUUGAGUACUUCAAUGCCUUUGUUCCUGAACUGAAGGAGUUUAACCUCCGCAGCCCCAAGAACGUGGGGCCAUACCUGGCCGUGGACAGUAGGCACGACAUCCUGCUUAGUUACAGCUGCCACGGACCGCCCAUCCGCUUCACAUCCGUGUCCUCAUCGGAGAUGCACUACGUGGCCAAUGAGCUGGACCGUAUCCGGGGUGGGCCGGACACCGUGGUGCUCGUGGGCGUGUGGUCCCACUUCAGCACCUUCCCUGUGGAGGUGUACAUCCGGCGUCUGCGGCACAUCCGCCGCGCCGUGGUGCGGCUGCUGAACCGCGAGCCCACCACGCUGGUGGCCAUCCGCACGGCCAACCCCCAGAAGCUUGACCCGGAGUCCAGCCUGUUCAACAGUGACUGGUUCUCCCUGCAGCAGGACAUUGUGCUCAGGGCCAUGUUCCGCGGGCUCAACGUGCGUCUGUUAGACGCCUGGGAGAUGUCACUCGCCCACCGUCACCCCCACAUGCUGCAUCCGCCGCCAGCCAUCGUCAAAAGCAUGGUGGACCUAAUCCUGUCCUACAUAUGUCCAGUCAGGAAGAAAAAAAGAAGAAGUUAGGAAGAAAGUCUGGAAGAAUCUGAGCUUUCGAGGAACUGUGAGGAAAUCCGGCUUCACUGGAGCCACAGUGAAGCCACAGAGUAUUAAUUCCUCAAUGAGCAAUGAAUCUCCUACUUGCUAAAGUAAUUCUGAUAAAUAUACAGUAUAAUGUUAAAUAUUGUGCAGUUUAUAGUUGCUUAAAGCAAGUAUUCUACAUCAAAUGAUAAUUGCCAGUUAAGAUUCCAUCCUAUGACUUCAGUCAUAGCCAUUCAUUAAUUUUUAGCAGUGUUAUUCUGGGCUCAUUGAUUGAGAGUAAAUAUGCUUAUAUAGUACAUAACCUAUUCAGGCACAAUUAUUAAAGCACAUGAUCAUGUUUAUUGUCCUCAUGGUGGCAUCACAGUAUAUAGGCACUUAAAAGCAUCAAUCAAUCGCAUGUGCCAAUUAACUUCCAAACAUUUUAAAUGCAUUAAACUGAGAGGUAAAAUGUAAAGGGGAACAGUAACAUUAAAUCCUGAAAGUUUUUCAGUUUAGAGGACUGAUAAAAGCAGCCCUACGAUGCCCAACUGGUGAAUAUUUGAGACUGCACCCAGCUAAGCUAGUAGUGCACAUAUAUGAGCAUGUGAAUAUGCAAAGCAUUACAAAACCAAACUGUGUUUGAGUUCAGUUUUGUUGCUUUUUGACUGAUCUCUUCAGAGCUAACCAAAGACUUGGAUGUAUGUAAACAGUUUUUAAACUCAACGGUUGAAGCUCUUCAGUAAAGAGAACAGUUAAUUUGUUCUGUCUUGUGACAUUGCUUCACCAGAAAAUUAACCCACACCAUACUAAUAUUAUGGAAGAAAUUCCUUAAUUAUUACAUUUGUAUUCAAUACAAUAUUAUAUUCGGACAUAUGCAGUAAGACUAGUCACACAUAAUUAACCAUUACACAAACAAAAAUGUAAGAAGAGUCCUUUUAUCAAAGUAUAAGAAUGCAUACUCAAUAUGUAAAAAUGAACUUAUUAUUUAUACAGUGUACUUUGUAUGAACUCGGAAUACAUCUGAUUAAAAAGGUUUGGUGGAAAACAUGAAGAGAAAAAAUAAGAUACUUUGUCUUUGGGACGAGACAGGUCUGGUCAAACAUAUACAACAACAGAUGUUCUGUUAUUUAUUUAUUUUUAUUUUAUAUCAUCUCAAACAUUGUUAAAUCACAGGAAUGUAAUAAACAUAUGGUCACCUAUAAAUGAAGUGAUGCCAGGAUAGAUGUGGAAAUGUCAAGAAACAACGGUAAUUUAGUUUCACUCUGAACAAUUUUUGUUCAGAGUAAAGCCAAUUUGUAGUCACGCAUGAAAAUGGUUCUGACAAAAGUUGGUACCAGCAAAUUUGAAUCAAGCUACCAAUGUAACAUGCUAUAAUUGCAAAGAGCAGUUUUAUUACCAUUCUACUAAUGAACUGAGUGGGAAAUGGUGGAAAGAUUGAACAUAUAACUUUAUUGCCUUGCUGUGUCAAAUUGUACCAUUUUUUACAUGACACUGCAUUAGCCUGUAAGCCUAUGCAAUUAUAAUAAAUCAUAAAUAAUUACAUGUAAUUAAUAAUUUUUUUCUGUAUGUUAGUGCUAUUUGGGCUUCCAUCUGAUAUCCUCCCUUCAUUACUGCUGUGCUAUGCUGUUCUGUAAGAGGAUCUGAAACUGUCUUGGUGUUCUGUUCACAGGCCUAUGAUAUAAGAAAAUAUAAGCUGAUGCAAACAGAAUCGAAUCCAAGCUAUUUCCUGUCUUGAAACAGGGUUAUGAAGCUUAUGAAAUUAUUUGGUGCCAACAGUCUGUUUCUUGCAGUCUACCAUGUAAUUCCCCUAUUCCCAGGGAAUAGUUCACGAUAAGGUAUGUCAUUUAUCAUGCUUUGACUUUAUCUUUAUGUUAAUGUAAUACUGUGUUGUCACCACUCAGUGUAAAAGGUCUACAGAAUUGCACAAAUAAACAAGCUUUAUGUCAUUUUCAAA